AUGACUUCUGUCAUCUUUAUGGUUGACUACAACUGUUUCGACGAGUCUGGAAACAUAACGGAUGAAAUAAGAAAUGAGAUUAGAGAAACAUUCCAGCUGUUUGAUGUUGACCAUGAUGGAAAACUUUCUACAAGCGAAAUACAGAACGUACUCGAUAAUCUGGGAAUCUUACCUAGCAAGAGUGUCAUUGACGAAGUCAUCAAGAAGCUUGACGCGGAUGAAAACGGUACGGUAGAAUAUGAGGAAUUCGAGAACUUCAUUACCAACAGUGGCUUCCUAAAGUCCCUUCCUGAUGAGACAGAUCAGGACAUGUUGGCAGCCUUCCAAGUUCUGGACGCUGAUGGCGAUGGCUACAUCACCGAAGAUGAACUCACCGACUUUAUGUCACGUUUCGAUGAAAAAAAGACAGAGGCUGAAAUACAGGCCAUUAUUAAGGAAGCGGAUGUGAAUAAAGAUGGCCGCAUCAGCUAUUCAGAAUUCACAAAACACAUGGCCCCAAAUCUUUAG